AUGUUAACCGGAUGCCUGAGGUUUGUGGUGUCUCGGGCACCCAGACGGCUGAAAGGAGACAGGCAGGAAUUCCGAGAUAUGGCAGAGAGAGGUUCCAGUCAGGAGUGUGUCUGGGAACAGGCCCAGACGGGCCACGGGAGGCGCAGCCCUGGGCGCAGGGAGCACAGGCAGUGUGGGAAGCUCUCCGUCCCGUGGGCAGCCCCCGGACUCGGGGAGUGUGACGUACAGGCCGCGCAGCAGGUGCUGAGAGAGAGAGCCGCUGCUGGGGGAGGCAGGUCCCACGUCGGCCUUCCAAAUGGAAGUGGAACCGAUUCCUGGCAGCUGUUCAGAGAAUGUGGGAGGGACGGGUGGGGACAGAGCAGGCUGCAGGGGCGUGAGCAGGGCCUGGAGGCACUGCUGCAGCAGGGCAGGGUCAGGGGAGAAGGAACAGGGCCAGUGGCCAAGCCCACGCCAGCCCUCACACCCCCUUGCCUUCCUCUUAUAGAUGAAGAUGACGCCAACAGACUCGGGGAGAAGGUGAUCCUGCGGGAGCAGGUGAAGGAGCUCUUCAAUGAGAAAUACGGUGAAGCCCUGGGCCUGAACCGGCCAGUGCUGGUCCCUUACAAACUGAUCCGAGACAGCCCAGACGCCGUCGAGGUCACAGGCCUGCCUGAUGACAUCCCUUUCCGGAACCCCAACACGUACGACAUCCACCGGCUAGAGAAGAUCCUGAAGGCCCGGGAGCAUGUCCGGAUGGUCAUCAUCAACCAGCUGCAACCUUUUGCAGAAAUCUGCAAUGAUGCCAAGGUGCCAGCAGCCAAGGACAACAGCAUCCCCAAGCGCAAGAGAAAGCGUGUCUCUGAAGGAAACUCGGUCUCCUCUUCUUCCUCGUCUUCCUCUUCCUCCUCCUCCAACCCAGAGUCUGUGGCGUCCACCAACCAGAUCUCACUUGUGCAAUGGCCAAUGUACAUGGUGGACUAUGCCGGCCUGAACGUGCAGCUGCCGGGACCUCUGAAUUACUAGACCUCAGUGCUGAAUCAGGACCUCACUCAGAAAGACUAAAGGAAAUGUAAUUUAUGUACAAAGUGUAUAUUCGGAUAUGUAUUGAUGCCUUUUAGUUUUUCCAAUGAUUUUUACACUAUAUUCCUGCCACCAAGGCCUUUUUAAAUAAGUUCAAAAAAAACAAAAAAAAAGCAUUGCCUUUGCUCUUGACUGUUGCGGCGUCUUCUCUUUUGGAAUUGUGUCUGCAGGUGUCCUAGGACGAGGUCAGGAGACCCACCUCAGGUGGCCUGCCAAUGCCCUCUUUCCUUGCCAAAGCAGUGGUGGUGUCCUUGACCACUGGGCCAUGGUGUCUGAGUACGGACUCAGCUCAUUUCUCUGCUGCUGGGUCCAUGGGACAUGAGGAAGGGGGCCCCAGAAGGCCAAGUGCCAGACUGGCCCCCAAGGGCACCAUGAGGUAGGAGGCUGUCUCGGCCCCAGUAACUCAGGUGAAGUCAGACUGGUCAAGUAUGAUCAUCAAGCGUGGGGUCUCCAAGGCUGGAGGGAAGGCGUUUCGGACAAAGGGCUUUG